AUUUUUAGAUUUUAAUUAUUAUAAAUGAUUGGAAGGGUUUUCUCAAGAAAUUUCACCAGGACUUACAAGCACAGUCUUAACAGCCACACUAUUCAAGAGUCUAUUAUUCGCUCAGAAUACGCCGUAAGAGGUGCUAUCGCUAUGAAGGCCAUGGAGAUUGAGAGACAGAUGGAAACUGGGACCAAGUUCGGAUUUGACAAGAUCACACACCUCAACAUUGGUAAUCCUCAAGAUCUGGGCCAGAAGCCUAUUAGUUUUAACAGAGAAGUCCUCGCUUCUUGUUUGGUUGACGAUCCUGAAAGAAAUAGGAUGAUUUAUUCUUCUGAUGCUGUCGAUCGGGCAGACCACUACUUGAGCCAUAUUAACCACAGAGCUGCAGGUGCUUACUCUGACAGCACUGGGAUCAGGGUUGUCAUGCGCGAAGUAAAAGACUUCAUUGAGAAACGAGAUGGAGUUGAGGUAAAUGAAGACAACAUCUACCUAACCAAUGGAGCUAGUGAGGGCAUCACUUAUAUGCUAAGAUUACUUAUCAAAGACGAGAACGACGGAAUCAUGAUUCCUAUCCCUCAGUACCCCAUAUACUCAGCUUUGAUUACGAGGUUUAAUGGUAAACAAGUCCCUUACUACCUUGAUGAAGAGACUGGAUGGAGGAUGACUUAUGAAGAGCUUGAAAAAGCCUACUUUGAAGCUACAGCAAAAGGAGUGAACGUCAAGGCUUUGACCUUGAUUAACCCAGGAAACCCUACAGGACAAGUAAUGUCCCAGGAGGAUCUUGAGAAGGUAAUCAAAUUUGCUCAUGAGAAGAGAAUCUUUCUUCUCGCGGAUGAAGUAUAUCAAAAGAACAUCUAUGUUGAUAAAGAGUUCUGUUCUGUAAGGAAGGCCUUACAUGGACUUGGAGCUCCUUAUAGCAACGAUGUUGAGUUAGCCUCCUUCCAUUCUUUGUCUAAAGGACUUCUCGGAGAAUGUGGCCUUAGAGGAGGCUACAUGGAGUUGCACAAUGUCAAUGAAUUUGCUCAUGCUAUGGCUUAUAAAUCGAAAGCCGUAGGUUUAUGUUCAAAUAUUAUUGGCCAAAUAGGCGUUGGCUUAUUGGUAAAUCCUCCAACGGAAGAAUCUGUAUCAAAGGAGGUCUACGACCUUUACAAGAAAGAAGAACAGACAAUUUUUGAUGGUCUUAAGCAUCGGGCUAAUCUUAUCACAGAAAAGCUGAAUAACAUUGAAGGUGUUUCAUGUAACCAAGUAGAAGGUGCAAUGUACGCCUUUCCAAAAAUUCAGUUACCACGAGCUUACUGUCACUUAGCCAACACUCUAGGCAUUCAGCCAGAUUUGAAGUAUUGUCUUGACAUUCUUGAAAAAACAGGCAUAAUGAUCGUCCCCGGUUCAGGGUUCGGUCAAGAGGAAGGGACCUUCCACUUCAGAAUCACCAAUCUUGUCAACUGCUCCCUCGAAAUGGAGCGGGCCUUAGACAUGAUUGGCGAAUUUACUGAAGACAUUAUGUCUCAGUACAGAUACAAGGGAGUAGAGACCGUGAAAUUACCUCACGAACCUAUCCUUGACUCUGAGUAUCAAACCAUUUAAUAUGAAUUCUAUAGCCUAAUUGACUAAUGGG